AUUUUCAAAGCACAGAGAAUUUAUCGAAAAAUAUAUGUAAGGUGUAGAAAUUACAGUAUGAUUAUACCUAUAUAUGUAUGUAGAAAUUUUAAUUGCACUCGGUUAUUCGUGCACUUGACAAACAGUAAUUUGAGAAGAAUAAAUAGAAAAAAAUAAAAAAUUUAAUAAUAACUAAAUGAAAACAUAAUAUAGCGGGGAAAUAGAACAUGGGAAAACUAUUCAGUGGUGAAAUGGAAUAAAUUGUUGAAGAAAGAAAAAAACAACAAUUGUAUACUAUAAAUAUUUCCCUCUCUCGAUCGUUAGGGACGAUUUUUUUUUACAUUAACCCCGGGUAUACGAGCGUGUGAUUUAUUUAUUUAUUUUUUUUUCUUGUACAUACAUUUAAUUAUAUAUUUAUAUGGAUUUGUACAUAUUAUAAUGAACAUGCAUAGUAUGCUCGUUUAUUUAACGUUGAUUUACCUCGAAACGCGAUCCAUCUGCGAAAAGUGAUGUAACAACAUCGGAGAAAAGUAAAAGUUUAUAAUUAAAUGACCAUCGUUACAAUGCUUUCCGACACAUAUCGAUAUAUCAUGGUGUUAGAAAAUACGUUAUACAUACAUGCGUACAUGCGUAUAAUUUUGUUCGACGAAACCGUAAACUCACGUAAUUUGGACGAACACAUAUUAUGUAAUUAUAAUUAUGUAAGAUAUAAAGUUUUUUAAAAAAAAUUUUGUAACGGCGAUUAAAUUUUCUAUAUAUUUUGACUGUUAUUCCUCGUGAGAAAUUGUAAUGUGUUAAAUGAUGAUAUGAUAUAAUACGAUUGUGAAUCGCAGUGGGAUUACAUAUUACAUAAUAUAUUCUCAUGAAUUCGAUGUUAUGCGCUGUUUGAAUCAACUUAUAAUAUAUGAUACAUAUAUAAUAACUAUACUUAUGCUGCUUUACUUUUUCGACAUUUAUGCUCGUUAUGUAUUAUAAUUUUGCAUUGGCGUGAUAUAGUAUAGGUAUAUCAAUGGGUAUACGUAUAUGUAUUAUGUAGAGGUAUACACAUGGUUUGAAUAUUAUAUCAACUAUGUAACUAAAAUAUAUAUAUGCAGGUACAUAUACGGUUGAAAAAUUAACAUUUAUGUGUACCUCAUGUGUCUCUCUUAAUCUUGCAUCGUAAAUUUUAUCGCAUACUGCAGGUGUUUUUGAAAAGUUUUUUAACAAAAAUUACUGUAUAUUUCUCUAAGUUAUAACGAAUAGGAAGAAAACGUAACGAAGACAAAGCGCUCACUAUUACCGCAUUAUCACGUAUUGAGAAUAAUAUACAUAGUAGAAUUGAAGAAACACAUAUCACUAUAAAAAAUCGAUAUACAUAUACAUAAUAAAUGUAUAUUAUAUAUUCUAGUACAUUCCAUACACAAAUGUAAAGAUUGAGCCUCACAUGAAGUUUGACCACUUAUACCCAUACAUAUACCUAUUAUAUAAUAUAAAUAAAUAAAUCUAUUACACUAGAAAAACUCACUUAUAUAAAUACACAAAUAUAUUAAACUAUUACGGAUUGUUAUUCGCCACGUUCUGUACCGUUGUAAAGUACUCACAUUAUAUAAUAACGUAUUAUCUUGGUUCUUGGCAAAAUCUUUAUUUCACCAUUCUUUAAUUUCCCGUACAGUAAUUCGAAAAGCUGCACAAGCUUUAAUAACGAAGAUGAAGUUGAUAAUAGUCGCAAAAUCGAAAAAGUAGUGGCGGUGACAUAGCCCGUGACGCUGGAUACCGGAGGGAUGGACCAGAACAUAUGGGAGGAAGUGAAGGUAAACAAGCCGGAGCCAAUCCGCCUGCGAAAGGGUGGUCCGCCUGGGGAUUCCCCCAGACUUUUGAUUGCCGCGGGAAAAACGGCGGGACGAACCAGACAAGGAUUGGUGGAAUUCUUUGGGAGUUCGGUGGAGGUAUCGAAAAUUGCACGCGCAGGAUCGGCUGCUCCGACACCACCGUGAUGAUACCCUCGGAUUUAACCUAAUGCCGUCGAGUAAAGCGGCGGAAGCUGAAAGUCGAAGACCAGACCGAAAUAUUUAGUAUAACGUAUAGACCUUUCGUUUGGUUACCGAAGGUCUGGCAUACGAUACUCAUUUUCGAGAGUGCUAAUGCUCCGUGGCAAGACGAAACGUCUUGACGAAGAGACGCGCGAUUCCGACAGCAAGCAGAGGAGACCCAAAUGCGCCCGGUGUAGAAACCACGGGCUGAUAUCCUGGCUGCGGGGUCACAAACGUGAAUGUCGUUAUCGGGAGUGCGUGUGUCCAAAAUGCGCCUUAAUUGCCGAAAGGCAACGAGUGAUGGCUGCCCAGGUUGCUCUAAAGCGACAGCAGGCAGCGGAGGACGCGAUCGCUCUGAGCAUGGCGAAGGUAGCAACGGGUCAAAAACUGAAUCGUCUACCGCCGGGAAAAAUAUUCGGAAUGGCUGUGACGGAGCCUGAUGCUACGGACCCGAUAUCGAACAACAACUCUGGCAUGUCCAACAACGCAGCAGACAGAGACAAAAUUCGUCAGAACGCCACAGAAAAUACAGAAAGAAAAACGAGCUCUGCGGAGGAACCAGCUGGUCAGUGUGGAAUCCUUCCGAUCGUCGACCAGAAGACAACCAAAGCUUCGCGGGCUUCGAGUGCCUCGGAAGUAUGCCCUGAAGUUUGCCCUCAGUCUGCUGGUGAACGUUCGAAUUCACAACGGUAUAGAACGCUGCUGUUCAACGUAAACAAAACGCACGGAAUUGAGAGAACUGAGUCAGCGGAUUCAGGGAAGAAGCUGGAGGACGGAAAUGAUCCGGGAUCGACCGUCUCUCAGGCGUCUGUCCAAACUCUCGCCAAUUUAUUCCCCAGCACAAAGCUCUCGGUAUUGCAGUUGGUGCUUCAGCGAUGUGGUCAGGACCUGUUGAAGGCCAUCGAGUACUUUGCCGCCCAAACGGCUCUCGGGGCUGGCACCGCUUCCGGUUCCGCUUUCAGGCCCGUGCAGAAUCUCAACGGCGGGAUUAACCAGCCAACGCAAAGCGUCACUCUGCAGGGAAUCCAAGGCGUGAACCACGGCCUCCAGAGCAACGUGCAGCAGCAGACGACCCCGGAAGUCCCGAAUUUCUUCACCUUUCCGCCGACGUACUCGAACUUUCCCCGAAAUAUUUAUGGCGACAGUUACUGUUUGCUCAAUAUCGUGCCGGAGCAGUUGCAGCCGAAGAGCUCCAGCACGGAAACGGCGAACUUGACGCUCGCUAAAACCGGAAGUCCGCAGGAGGACAGCGUUGCUCUAAACGUUCAGUACAACAACUACUUCAAUUCCAAUAUUCAACACCUUCGGGAACACAUGUGCAAUCAGAUGAUCGACCCGCACAGACAAGGCCUGCUUCAUCUUCCUCCAAUUUUACCGGGAAUACCUUGCGUGCAACCCAACUGUGCGCAAUGCUACAAAUUCCCAUAAAUCCGCGGGUGGCAGUGUGAUAUGAACUAGACUUAAGAAGUUAGAGAGUUAUUAUUGGUACGAACAGAUGGAAAAGAGCGUGAAUCGUUCCUAUUAUGUAUAUUAGGGUGUUCCAGUGAAACGUAAAUUUCGAUUUUCUACCACCAUGGUAUCCCUUAAAAAGUUCAUUUGGUUUAAAAGAAAAGUUCUGUCAAAAGAUCGCGCUCGGUUAAUUUGUCAGCUUUAUAAAUUUUUUUAAAUUUAUGAAGUAUCGUGUAUAAUAAUUUUUUUUUUUUAUUACUUUCAUCAAUCGUAAUAUCACUUUACUUCGCAAAGAAGACCCACACUUGUAAUAUCAAGACUUCACCUGAUAUUUGAGAAGUGCGUCUGUGUGACUUUCUCAUCAUUAAUUCAAUCACACAAAAUAGUUAUAAUGCAAUUUGAACUUUUAAUUUAGGAGAAUAAUAUUCCUGGAUGAAAUAUUGUUGUAUUGCGGAUCGUGAUCUUUGGAUUGAAUAUAAAUGUCAGGAAAGAAAUAAUAAUUGAAGUGCUACAACGUGCUUCUUUACAAAUUCGAAAAAAUAUGAAAUCUUCCACGUAACGAAGAACGCUCAUCUUUUCACAGAAUAUUUCUUUUGAACUAAAUAAACUUUUUAGGGGGUGCGACGGUAGAAAAUCGUAAAUUAUUUUUUUCUGAAAAUAUGUAUUGACGAUAGGUAUAUCGUUGUAUACAUCGUCCCGGGCACACAUUCUGUAGCUUCAUCGCCGUUAAUGAAAAAUUGUUUCUUUUUGAUACUGUAUUGUGCCUAAUUGGUAAAAUUGUUGUGAGUAAUUGUUUCAUUGAGUGAUUCGGAAAAUUGUUUUGCAUCAUGGAAAUUGUUGCAAUAAUACACGACACUC